AUCAUGGUGCCACACUGACUUGCAAGCCACCGCCCCAAACUGUGAAACCCCGUCAGAAGGAAGCACCGUCGAGAGAAGUAAUGGCGGACUACGGUGGAGAGUACGGGCACCCGUACCCGCGCGUCGACGAGUACGGCAACCCAGUGCCGCCGGUCGACCAGUACGGCAACCCCAUCCCAAGGGAACCGGGCCAGGUUCCGGCGUACACCUCGGGGGGCGCCGCUCCGCCCUACAGCUCUGACGGCGCGGGCGCGGUGACGUCGGCCGACUAUGGAGCGGGUGUCACGCCGGGCUACGGCCUGAGCGGCGCCGUGCACCCGCAGGAGAGCGUGGUAGGCGGUGCCGUUUUCCCGUCCGGCACGGCGCACACGCACGAGGGCGCGCUAAGCGGCAGCCUCGCCCCUGGCGAGACCACGGCAUACGCUUAUGAGGGCAUGGUCGGCAGUGGCAUCGGCACCGGCGACCAGAUCCAGCCCACCAAAGAGGGGCACACGACGCUGGGCGAGACUUUGCGGCGCUCCUCCAGCUCUAGCUCCAGCUCGUCGUCCGAGGAUGACGGGCAAGGCGGGAGGCAGAGGAAGAAGAAGAGCAUGAAGGCGAAGAUAAAGGAGAAACUCCCGGGCAGCCACAAGCAGGAGGAGCACAAGGCCGGGCACACGGUGCCACCGGCUGGGACGGGGACGCACGAGAAGAUCAAGGAGAAGCUCCCUGGACACCACUGAGCAACAUCAACAUCUGCGCGCCUCAGUUGACACGGAUUCGCUUCUUGGACCAUGUACGACCUAAAUUGUCACUCGCUGGUCUGUAAUGAGCUCGCUAUAGCCUUCUGUACAAUGAUUAAGGGUAUUUCCUUCU